AUGUCCUUUCGCAAAAGAAAUAUUGGCUUGUCAACGGGCGCCGAUCGCGCCACGGCUCUCAAUUCUACUGCGCAACCGCAGCAAGCCGCGACCGCACCAGAAACAAAUCCCGGAAUCCGACCCUCUCCCGAUGAUGGGCGCCCGACUACUUCGACAGGUAGCCGGUCGCUGGAUAACCUCCUAGCUGGACAUGGCGGGCUUCCCAUUGGAAAGACUCUCUUAAUUGAAGAGAAUGGAACUACGGAUUUUGCAGGCGCAUUGUUACGGUACUAUGCAGCAGAAGGUGUCGUACAGGACCAAAAGGUUCACGUUGUCGGGAUGCCCGAGCAAUGGGGCAGAAGCCUUCCUGGCUUGAUAGGCCCUGCGGACGUCGCAGAUGAGAAACCGGCCAAGCGAAAGGGAGAACGCAUGAAGAUUGCCUGGAGGUAUGAGCGUCUGGGGGAGUUUGGGGCCGGCGUCGCUGGUUCAAGAGCACCCGUCGCAACCACGGGAGAUCAAGCUUCGUCCGCAGCGAACGGAGAUCAGGCUCAGCAGCCAGCAUUUUGCCACGCUUUCGACCUCACCAAACGUCUAACCCACCCAUCUAUUGCCAAUAUCACGUAUAUCCCUCUCACCCGCACAAACGAACCCCUCUUCGUCUCAAUUCAUAAGCGCCUUCAAGCCGCCAUCGCCCAAAGCCCUCCCAAUACGCCAGCCCGAGACCAUUCUGCCGUUUCUUCACUCGCUAAAGGCUUUGAUGAGCGCACCUCGGCGCGUGUCACAGCUAUGAUAACAAUGCCUUUGUCUUUGUUCCCCCGCUCCUCGGGGCUUGUGCGAUGGGUCGAACUUUUGACCGAUGGUGUUAUCGAGCUUUGUCCUUUCCCCCACUCUGCCGAUGCCCUCGCAACCUCAGGCGCUGCGACAGCCGGUGAAGAGCCACCGCAAGGCGUGCUCAAAACUCAUCGACUGCCUGUGCUACACGAACGGGGCGGGGGUAGUGAUCAGAAUGUUGGACAAGAUUGGGCGUUUACUCUCAGCAGACGGAAGUUCGAAAUUAAGCCGUUCAGUUUACCGCCGGCCGAAGGAGAUAAGGAAGCCCAAGAAGGCGCGGGUCAAGGCGGAAUGCCAAAAAAAGCGGAUCUAGAAUUCUAA